ACUAACUCCUCUUUCAUAGCUCUGCAGACGAUACUUAUCAUAAAGAUGUUUAUUUUUGUUGUAGUAAUGUAAAUCGUUUGCAUUUCGUACGUCUCGGAGUUCGCAGAUGACCUUUGACCUCCCCCAUCGUGUGAUGAAUCAGAGUGAAAAUCAAUAAGCAGUGGUGUGACUGAAAUUAAGGCGCACGCUCUCCAAGGAAUCAAGUUUAAAAAAGGAACUACGAAAAUUCGAACAAUCAGAUUUCAGAGACGAUGUCAACUGUUCGUGCUCGGAACGGAAUGACCAAAGGGGAACAGUCUAACGGACAGGAUGUGCUAGCGCAUGGAUUCCAUGGAUACAAAGAGGGCUAUGAACAACUUGAGAAGAUUGGGUUGAUGAAGCGGGCCAAGAGAUUAUGGAAUAUGACCGUUUUCCCUUUAUUUCUAAUGCUCUUCACUCCAAACCUUGUGCUUAUCAUGUGGUACUGUGCAACCUACUGUGGAGGAAGCUAUUCCGUUUUCUUCAGUCGAUUUUCAGGAAAGCCGUUCUUUCCGUCUUUGAUGGAAAUCUGGGCCACAAUGAGACUGCCGACCCAGUUCAGUGUUGGCGUGUUUUUGGGAUUCCUGAUUUGGUCUGCAAUUAUGAUGAAGUUACUUCCGGGAAAAAUAAUCAAAGGUCCUUUGACCCCGAAAGGAAAUACACCGGUAUAUGUUGAUAAUGGUUUCCUGAACUACGUCGUUACUAUGACAACCUUUUUCAUUAUCACUGCUUUGCUGAAAAUGCAGGGACUCUCGCCAACUGUGAUAUACGAUCGAUUUGAUGAAUUCAUAGCUACACUUCAAAUAUUCAGCCCAUUAUUUUGUAUGUUUCUUUAUCUGAAGGGUCGAUAUUGGCCCUCUACUACGGAUAAUGGAGUCUCUGGAAAUUUCAUAUUCGACUAUUACUGGGGAACGGAAUUGUAUCCGCGAGUCUUUGGCAUUGACGUUAAAGUCUUCACCAACUGUCGUUUUGGGAUGACCGUAUGGGCAUUACUCGUGUGCAUACAUGGUUUGAAAAGUUUUGAAUUGUAUGGUUUUGUAGACAGUAUGUUCGUAUCAGUUACAUUGCAAUUAGUCUACAUCACCAAAUUCUUUUGGUGGGAGGGGGGAUAUAUGAGCACCAUCGAUAUAAUGGUUGACAGGGCUGGCUAUUAUAUAUGUUGGGGCUGCCUCGUUUUCGUGCCAAACUUUUACGCGUCAGUAAGCAUGUAUCUCGUGAAUCACCCCGUUCGUUUGGGAUUCACGUGGUCCUUGCUUAUUCUUGGGGCGGGAGUUUUAUGUAUAGCAGUUAAUUAUCUCGCCGACCUACAGAAACAGGAAGUCAGAGGCACUGGUGGAGAAUGUCUAGUCUGGGGGAAAAAACCAAACAUCAUUCGUGCCAAAUAUCAGCUCGAAAACGGCAAAGAGAAAGAGAGCAUUCUAUUAGCGUCAGGCUGGUGGGGUCUAGCUAGACAUUUUAACUAUUUGGCAGAAAUUAUGCUUGCCUUUUGCUGGACCAUUCCAGCCAUGUUUGUGAACGUCAUGCCCUAUUCUUACGUCAUAUUUCUUACCUUCUUGUUGAUUCAUCGCAGUUACCGUGACGACGACAAAUGCGGAGAUAAAUAUGGAAGUUUCUGGGUAGAAUACUGCCAAAAAGUCCCUCACAGAAUCGUCCCACUUUUGUUUUGAUGGUGUCUGUUUUGUACCGUGGAUGCCAAAUUUCGCAUAAUAUGAAAAUAGUACACGAGUUUUAUAUAUAUACUACAAAUGAGAUUGCAUGUACAUGUACAAUGAAUUGUUUGUAUUCUUACGUGGUGUGUGUUAUUUAUUUAGUGCAUUUUUGUAUUAACAUUUUUAAUAAAAUAAUAGGUAUUGCUCAAA